AGGACGCUGAAAAGUUCAGAACAGUCUGGAUGUUUGGAGGAUUGUACUUUAAUGAUAUGAACCUUUCUUUACGGGCGAGGACAAGAUAUGGACUUUUAAUUACACGUCGAUUAUACUCCAUUUUUGGCACUCAUAUAUUUUGUAGCAGAGCAACUUUACGCAUGAGAGAAAAAAUACAGGUCUACCAAGCUCUGCAAAUCUUGCCUCAGCGCUGGGAUGUUUAGAUGAGGCCAAUAACACCGAAAGGUCCUUGAGAAGGCUGUAUGAUGUCAGUUGUAUCACUGCCAGGUUGAGAAGUGUCCAGUGCUGUGGCGCCCUCUGCUGUGUGACCGAGGAAGGCCAGGAAGGGCAGGCAGUAUGGGGACCGUAAUUGAGGAAGGGAUGAACUCUGUUAUCGUCAGCCACUACAACCACUCAGGGAAGUGGGACCGGCCUCGUAGUAGCGGGCCCUGUAAGAUGGCUGUGCUGCUCUUCAUCUGCGUGCUGAUUGUCCUGGAGAACGUCACUGUCCUGCUUGCUCUCUGGAGGAACAAGCGCUUCCAUAGCCGCAUGUACUUUCUCAUUGGAAACCUGGCACUGUCAGACCUGCUGGCUGGUGUGGCUUAUGUGGUUAAUAUCUUUACCUCAGGACGCAAAACCUUCUACCUGACACCAGUGCAGUGGCUGGCCAGAGAAGGGAGCAUGUUUGUGGCCCUCAGUGCCUCCACAUUCAGCCUUCUGGCCAUUGGGAUUGAGAGGCAUAUGACUAUGGUGCGUCUGCGUCCUUGUGAGACGGCAGGUCGGGGGAGACUUCUCGGACUGCUGGCGGCCUGCUGGCUUGUAUCAGUGCUGCUCAGUGCCCUGCCCAGCCUGGGCUGGAACUGCCUGAACAAUCUGGCCUCUUGCUCCACUGUGCUGCCGCUCUAUGCUAAGAGUUAUGUGGCCUUCUGCAUCAGUGUCUUCAGUGCCCUGUUGGUAGCCAUCAUCAUCCUCUACAUCAGGAUCUACCGCCUGGUGACCUCUAGCGGCCGCAGGGUCAGCAGCCGGCCUUCAGAGCAUUCACUGGCCCUGCUGCGGACUGUGGUUAUCGUUCUUGGAGUGUUUGUCAUGUGCUGGGCCCCUCUCUUCCUCUUGCUGCUGCUGGAUGUGGGUUGUAGCCCAGAUAAGUGUCCUGUGCUCUACCAGGUGGACUGGUUUAUCGCCCUGGCUGUGCUCAACUCUGCCCUCAACCCUCUCAUAUACACUCUGUCCAGCAGGGAGAUGAGGGCUGCCUUCUUCCGGCUGCUGUGUUGCUGUCAGACCAGCUUGGAGCACACUGGGGCGCCUGUGGUGGGCAACCCCCACCUGGGUACUGUCAUCCCCACAGCAGAGAACAGCAAGACCAGUUUGGGUGGAGGAGGGGGCAGUGGGACAGGCAAGUCCACGAUGAAUAGAGGGAAGGUUCCCACACCUAUGAACUCUGACAACAAGCAUGGAGACCCCUCUGCCACCGCUGUGCCCCACCCUUCUGGGCCCGCAGACCUGCUCUCAGCUGUGCUUGUGAAGGCGGGGGCGCUGCCGCCCCUCAGCAAAUUCUGAGUCAAAGCACCUUAAAGAGGCCUUACAGUCACACAGAAUUGACAUAUCCCUGCUAUCAGCCACCUUUUGUUUAUGCACUAUGGCCAGUGUAGCACGGACAGGAUGAAGUAAUGAUGAAAUAGCUAAGACAUUCAGUUGGAACCAAAAACAUCCAGAUUGUAGAUUAGAUUACAAUCAAGAUUAUUUAAAGCCACUAUUUACAACAACUCAGCAAUAUUACUCACAGCACCAAAGUAAAUGAAAUGUUGUGUUUGUCUUACACGAGAAUUUAACAUUUCAAAUCUAUGAAAAAUAAUAGAAUAGCUUCAUGGACACAGACUAAAGAAGCCCCAAAUCUCUUAGCUCAACCUAUGUCUGUUAAACUAUAGGCUUAAUAAUAAUUCAGACAACAACACAGUAUCAUGAACUUCACUAGUAUUGUGUCUAUCAUUGUGGUUUUUUUUAUUUUUUUAUUUUAUUUUUAUUGAGCAGAAAAGAUGAAAUUGGGGCACUUUUUUGCAUGUGCUAUAUGCACGCACUCUUAAAACACCUGCAUUUUCCACAACUUGACUUGGCAAACUAUUUAUUUUCUGUGAAAACAUUUGUCACCUUAUAAACUGUUAAGGUAUACUUUUUGCUUUGUGUGCAUAAAAAUCGUCACGGUACUGGGACUUUAUUAUGGAUUUUGUAAUGAUUUGAGAUGCACUGUGAGAGAAAACGACACUAAAGGUUGAUUAUCAGACUAGAGACCACAUGAGGCUGACAUGCUAAUUACACACCAGAAAACAAAACUGUUGGAUGAAGGAAAAUAGGUGAUCCAACCUUGCUAUUGUUGGAUCCUUACCACUAGUGGGGCCGAAAUGUAAAGUUUGUCCUGAUGGUGGCGUCAGAGGAAAAGCAAUCUUGUUACCUAAAUCAAAACGGUUCUGAAUGUAGUGGCAGUUACAGUACUUAAGACAUUACCGCUGUACUCAUUACCACAUGUGGUUUAUCUUUCAUUACUCUAAUUUGUACAUGUCAGCAUCAGCUGCACUGUGAGCUGAAUUAGCGUGUCUAAUAACUACACUUAUGGACUUUUUUUUUUUUUUGCUUUUCAUCAGCACAUCUAGAAACCACUCACACAUCAACUAACCACUAGUGAAUAGGAGUGAUGGAUGUGAAUUAUUUAAUGGUAGUAGACUGUAAAUUACAUUUCUGCCUAGGGUGGUGUAGUGCCUGAUACCAUUAUAUAGCAAAUAAAAUAAAAUCCUAUUCCCUUUUA